AUGGAUCGCCAACGUAAAAGGGAGCUUCGCGACCUGAACGAGCGAGCCUGGGCAGGCGAAUCUGAUGUAUUCCCCACUAGCAAGUCCCUUGACUCCGCGCUCAAGAAGAACACCGCAUUCAUCAAACGUCUACGCACCGGCAUCAGUGCCUCCGCCCUUUCUACUUUCCUCGCCGACAUCCGUUCCCUCUCGCUCCACAAAUACCUUUCCGAGAUCAUUUCCGCCUGCUACGAAGGCCUCUGCAAACUCAAAUCCCCCGGCGAAAUUGCCGCGGGAGUGGAGGUUGUGAGCGCGCUUCACCAGCGUUUCGGGCCCUGGGAAUUCACACGACAGAUCGGCUGGCUGCUCGGCCGCGGACUGAGCACACCGGAUAAAGCACAGCUCAAGGCGCUCAGCCAGGAGAUUCGUGAACGCGAAGAGAAAGACCGCCUGUCUCGACAUCGCGUUCUUCUCCGCGUGGUGACAGAGCUUUGGCUGGUCAAUGUGCUGAAGACCCUCGAUGACGUCGAGCGACCUGAGGAACUGGGUGCGAAGGGCAAGGAGGGAGCAGUUGGGAUUGGGAACAAACCGUCCGAUACGCCGCUGAAAGCCAAGACCCCCGCCGUGGGCGCGAAGGACCAGGACAAACAGGCCGACCCGUUCCCAUUGGAGGUUCUGAAGGAAUUGCUCGGUCAUGACCGUGAUCAUACAAACCUGCCCCUUGCAGUCUUGUUUGUGAAGAGCUUUAGCUGGGAUAUCGUCGGCUCGAAGCUUGCCGAAGAUGGCCGGAAAACCGUUGAGGCGGAUGGCGCUACUACGACCUCUGGCGCAGAGGCGCAGACUACGGAGACCAAUGGGUCCUCCGAGACCGAUUUGCCCCUGACUCCAGAGAAAGUUCAGCAGCGGUUCAGAAACAUCUUGAACCGGUACCUUGAGGAUGUCAAGGCUCACGUGGUUCGAGACCAGAGAGCGCUGGCACAGCAAAACCGCCGUAAUGCCGAAGCAUACGUGAAGAGUGGUGAGAUCUUCGAGGACCGCCAGGCCAAUUUCGAGAAGCAGUCCAAGGUCCUGGAAAAACUCGUGGCCAAUACGCAGGUGCUCUGUGAGGCUUUGGGAACCGACAUGCCCGAUCUAGCCGAGAAGGAACCCACCGAUGCUUCUGCCAGUGGUGGUAUUGGCCUUGUGAAGACUACUGAUUACCUACGAGGCCAAGGCGAAGGCGCUGGGAUUUGGGAAGACGAGGAGGAAAGACGUUUCUAUGAGAAUCUGGUCGAUCUGAAGGGCAAGGUACCUGCGGUUUUACUCGAGGAUGGCAAAAAGAAGAAGACUGAAGGCGAGGAGUCAGGUAAAAAGAAGCCAGAUGGCGAAACCGCUGACCCUGGAGAGCCUUCGGACGAGAAGGCAGCUGCGGAGGCUGAUGACCAGUCAACUGCCAUUGCCAGCAAGACUGUGGGUGCGCAGGUGGACUCCCUUCUUGCCAAGCUUCCCGAGUUGCAAACCAAAGAUCAAGUCGAUCAGUUUGCCCUGGAUUUCUGCUGGGUGAACUCCAAAGCAUCACGAAACAGGCUUAUCAAAGCUGUGUCGGACAUCCCCAAGGGUCGCAUUGAUCUUUUGCCUCUGUAUUCUCGCCUGGUAGCCACGCUUGGACAAUACUUGCCAGAUAUUCCACAGGGACUGACCACGUACCUCGAUGAAGAAUUCCGAAGUCUGCAGCGGCGAAAGUCCAAGGAAUUCCUCGGUCAAGUACGCAUGAGCAAUGUUCGCUACCUAGCUGAACUGACCAAGUUCGGUGUCGUUCCGGAGCAUAUUAUCUUCCAUUGUUUCAAGGUCUCGCUUGACGAAUUUUCGCGCAUGAACAUUGAAAUUAUCGGCCAUUUGCUGGAGAAUUGCGGCCGUUAUCUCCUGCGCAAUCCCGAAUCAUCACCCCGGAUGGCUUCUUUCCUCGAGACCUUGAGUCGCAAGAAGACCGUGCAACAUCUGGCCCAGCAGGAGCGGAUGGUUAUCGAAAAUGCCAUCUACUAUGUUGACCCCCCACCACGCCCAGCGAUCCAGCAGAAGGAACGUACCCCCAUGGAGCAGUACAUCCGCCGGCUAAUCUACCUGGAUAUGAACAAGCGGAAUUACACCAAGAUCUUGAAAUCCAUCCGCAAACUUCACUGGGAGGAGCAAGAGGUCGUUGAGAUUCUGGAACGUGUGUUCAGCAAACCGGUGAAAGUGAAAUAUGGCAGCAUUCACCUUCUGGCAAUUCUUGUCAGUGCUUUGUACCGGUACCACCAGGAUUUCGUGAUCGGCAUCGUCGACAAUGUCCUGGAGCAGGUCACGCUUGGCCUCGAGCAGAAUGACUUCAAAUUUAACCAGAAGCGCAUUGCAGAAAUCAAAUAUCUAGGUGAGCUCUACAACUACAAGAUGAUUGAUUCCCCGGUGAUCUUCGAUACGUUGUACCGCAUUAUCACCUUUGGCCAUGAAGGUGGGACCCCGGCCCGUGGAAAGAUCAGUAUGCUGGACUUGCCAGACGACUACUUCCGCUUGCGCCUGGCAUGCACCCUUCUUGACACGUGUGGCCACUGCUUCGACCGUGGCUCUGCCAAGAAGAAAUUGGAUUUCUUCCUUGCCUUCUUGCAAUACUACUUAUUUACUAAGGAUCCGUUGCCCAUGGAUGUCGACUUCCUUGUCCAGGAUACAUACCACUCUAUUCGCCCGCAGUGGAAGCUUGCUACCGAGGGUGAAGAAGCGACCCGGAUUUUCAGCGAAGCUGUUGCCUUGAACUACAACGUACAGGAUUCCGAGAGACCCGUCGAAGCCGACGAAGAAGAUGCAGAGAGCAGCUCUUCUGACGAGGAUCUUGAGGAGGAUGCUAUUCCCGAAAUAGACGAGGACCAGGAAUCCAGCGAUGAGGCCGAAGUAGGUUCCCCAUCUCAUCUGCAUGAAGUACGACCCAUUAACCCGUUUAACCCGUUGAAGGCGUCUGGACCCAACCCGGAGGCCAAUGACGACAGCGAUAGCGAGUCCGAGGACGAACAAAUCGUUGUCACCAGACAGGAAGAGGAGCGCGACCCAGUGACCGAGGCUGAAUUUGAUCGAGAAUUCGAAAAAAUGAUGGCCGAAAGCAUGGACUCGAGACGGUUUGAACGCAAGACUGUCUUUGAUAUCCCUCUUCCCAUGAAACGCCCUCGGGAAAACAUGCCCAGCGAGUCUAGCCCUGAGCCAGUCCCGGCAGAACCAGUUGCGCCUAAGACAAUGGCCUUUUCCCUGAUGACAAAGAAGGGAAACAAGCAACAGACCCGCACCAUCGAUCUCCCGUCGGACUCGACCUUUGCUAUUGCCAUGCGGAGCCAGCAACAAGCCGAUCGGGAAGAACAGCAGCGCAUCAAGAACCUGGUCCUGAACUACGAGGCGUCGACCGAACCCGAACCCACCGAGAGUGAGCAGUAUCCCCUGGUUAACCCGAAUAAGCCCCAACUGAGACAUCCCAAAGCAGCAACCCAAGAAAAGCGCACCCCCGCCAGCCAGCGGAUGGACAAGGCCGGCGCGAACCGGUCCGCCUUCCGUUCCCGCAAGCUCCAGCUCAGCGACGUCAACUGGUAA